AUGCAUCCAUCAUUUCGUGAAACCUGGGAAAUCUCGGAACUCCUGGCCAACCCAAAGACGAUCAAGGUUAACCCAAAGGUCAUCAACAUUGCAACUUAUCCACUCGAAUUUGGGUUGAACCGCAGGACUCGCCAACAGCUUCUUGACCUAGCCUAUGACGCCAUCGACGGCGUUCAAAUCAUACUUGAGCAAUAUAGGCGCUUGGCCUCCGUCUCGAGUGGCAUCAAGGGCCAAGGAGCCGAGUGGGAAUGCCAACUCGAACACAGAAGGCAGCUGGGACUUAUCCUGAAGAUAGAACGUGAGUUGGAGGAAAGACGCCUCUUUGCCGCCUUGUUUCCUCACUCGCACUUCGACGACGAAUGGGUGUCCCGGUUCAUGGAGCUUACGCGCCGUCGCGUUGAUGAGAUAGGAUCAGGCCUCAUGGACAUUGUGAAGUACAUCAAUGCUUCUGGCAAGCUUCCCGCGGUGCUCAACGACGAAGCCUCGACCGACCAACGCAUGGCCCAGCUGCAAGGUCCUCGGCAUGCCGGCAUGCCAUCGCUGAUGGAUUCAUACCACACUAUGAAGGAUGACGAAAUCAAGUGUGAGGCUCUCGGCGCCGUAGAGGCCCUCGAGACGCUAUUUUGCAAGGCCAAGGCAGAAAUGGUUCGCUCCUUGGUUUACCUCGGAAACAAGGAGAUGGAGGAGGGCCCUAAGAAGGUUCUCCAUGCGAUCAUCGGUGACCUCUUCGAUUAUGAUCAGGAUAUGCGGCUCUUGCGUCGUUACGUGGACAGACUUCAGCAUCUGAAGCCACGCACGGCGGACAGAGUACUCCGCCAGCGAGUAAUCACCGAAUUCGAGGCCUGCAAGUUCGAUCAGGCCACUGCGAGGUUUGCUAACCGUCUCAAGUAUCAACUCUCGAGUCUUGAGCGGAUUGCUGACCAUGUGUCUUCUUGCGAUGCCCGCCCACGCGACAGUCCAAAGCCGAGUCAAGAGGAUAUCCAAGAACAGAAUCUCUUUCAGACAAUGGGUCAAGGUUUUGCCGAGGCCGUUUACGAAGACCCAGGCUUCCGUAUCAAUCGUGAAGCAUGGAGAGACUCGGAUAUGUUCUAG